AUGGACAAGUUUCGGAUGAUCUUCCAGUUCCUCCAGUCCAACCAGGAAUCCUUCAUGAAUGGCAUCUGUGGGAUCAUGGCCCUCGCCAGUGCCCAGAUGUACUCAGCCUUUGAUUUCAACUGCCCCUGCCUGCCGCACUACAACCUGGCCUAUGGGCUGGGCAUCCUCCUGGUACCUCCCUUCAUCUUGUUCCUGCUGGGCUUCGUGCUGAACAACAAUGUCUCCAUGCUGGCAGAGGAGUGGAGGAGGCCCCAGGGCCAGCGAGAGAAGGACCCGGCUGUCCUGCGCUACAUGUUCUGCUCCAUGGCCCAGCGGGCCAUGAUCGCCCCGGCAGUCUGGGUCUCAGUGACGCUGCUGGACGGCAAGUGCAUCACCUGUGCCUUCUGCACCUCGGUGCCUGUGGAGACCCUGGGCAACACUAGCCACCCCGGCCUCUCCCAGGGAGAGAUGAAGCGGGUCCUUGCCCGCAUUCCCUGCAAGGAGAUCUACAAUGGACAGGAGCUCAUUGCCAAUGAAGUGGCCGUCAGGUACCUGCGCUGCAUCUCGCAGGCUCUGGGCUGGUGCUUUAUCCUGCUGAUGACCACACUGGCUUUCUUGGUCAGAUCCCUCCGGCCCUGUUUCACCCAAGCCGCUUUCCUGAAGAGCAGGUACUGGUCUCACUACAUUGACAUCGAGCGCAAGCUGUUUGACGAGACAUGUGCGGAGCAUGCCAGAAGCUUUGCCAAGGUCUGCAUCCAGCAGUUCUUCGAGGGUAUGAGCACGGACCUGGCGUCUGCUCACUGCCACCCACCCAGAAAAGCCCCUGCAGAUGUGGGGGAAGCUGCUGAGAAGCUCCUGGGUAUCACUGACCAGGGCACCAUGAACACAGCCCUGAAGAGCUGGCACAGAUGUAAGCCCCCGCUGCACCUCCACCCACCUGCCCUCCCCAGUGGCAAUGGCUGGGCAGGGGAAGAACAGCCCCCCCCCCACCCCCCUGUGCCCCGAAGGGAGAUGGCUGCCUACUACAGCCGGGUGUGA